AUGGAUAAUUUUUUUAUUCGCCAUAUACAAAGAACAUGCAUUGAUACUGAAGAAUGGAUGUAUAGCAAAGAAUAUAUGAUAAAGAAUGGUGUUAUAUACGACUGUGUAUUUAAAAAGGUUCUUGAUGUUCCGUUUGUUGUGAAGUAUUUCCAUGCGUUGACAUUUGAGUAUUUAUUGGUCGAUGAGUUAGACACAAUAUACCUUGCAAACAAAAACACACUUGAAAUACAAGAGAUUGGAAAGGUAAAUGAUGGAAUUGUGCUUUUGAGUAUUUCUAGGGACGAAAAAUGGUGUGUAAUCGUGACACAUGAAGAAAUACUUCUAUUUGACACAUACAUUGAGUUCAAGAAGUCUGUUAAAGUAGAUUAUGAUGGAUUGAUUGCAAUUGAAUGGACGGACCGUGAUGAUUUUGCAUUGUUAACUACAAAAAGAGUGUUUUUCUAUGACAUAUCAUUGAAUAUAAUUGGAAAAAGCAAGGAAAGAGAAUACUCAGGAAUAGCAUGGAGGGCGAAGUACAAUAUUUUUGGAUGUUCAUGCACAGAAGGCAUUGUUUUUAUUGAGCCGAACGGACUUGAUCAUGGAGAUGCCAUUGAGGAAGUUUGUGAUGAGAUUGCAUUUCUUGAAGAUCUUGAUGUGCUUCUGACAAUGAAGCAAGUACCUGAGGGAUUAGCCUUGAAGGUGCUCUAUACGAAAAAUUUCUGUUGGUAUCGAAAGGCUUCAAUCGUUGUGCCUGGGCGGUUUGUUUGUGUGGAGCAAAAUGUAGUGCUAUUCAAGGACAAUGAAUGCAUUACAAGAGCGUACAUAUUUGGUGAAAAGACACAUUUCGAAUCUGAAUACUAUGUGAUUGAUGGAAUGAAUGUGCUGUACACUGACUUUUCCAAAAGGAUAAUCCCUCCGCCUUUGUUUUCAAGGAAGAUUGUGUGUGAUAAUGAAGUAAUUGAUGUAUUUGCAUAUAAAAACAGAGGAGUGAUAUUACAGAAGAGUAAAGCCAUAAUAUUCAGUGUUUCUGAAGAGGAAUAUAAAGAAGACAGAGUAUUUUUACUGAAUAAGAGAUUUGAUUCAGUAAUUGUUUUAGAUGGAUUUGUGGUGUUGAAGUGCGGUAGUGAGUUUGUUUUCAAGUCAACUGAUGAGGAAUAUGAUAUAACGGUUGAUUUAGUAAAUAAUAAAACAAAAGUAAUUGAAUGCAAAAGGAUUCAAAGGAUUGUAGAAUAUCUAGAACUGGUGUUGAAUGAAUAUGGAAACCUGAAUAUAGUAAAGAUGUAUAAUUUCAAUGAAAAGCUGUGUAUGGUGCUUGAUAAUGGAAGGAUUAUCUAUGAUGGAAAAGCCGAAAAGACUAUUAUAGAUAUAAGAAUGCGAUUUGAAGUUGGAGUUGAUAAUAACGGAACAAUUAUCGUUCAUAAUGGAUCAACAAUGUCGCAUAAUGGAGUUUUAGAACAGGGUGUUGAUUCUUUUGUAUUAGGAGAGUAUGGAAUGGCGAUAACGAUGGAUAGAGUAUGUAAGAUAACUUGUGGGUCGAAUGAAAGUACAUUUGAAGUUGAUCAAGGAUUGAAGCUGUUGUGCAUGCCUAAGCCAAAGCUGAUUGGAGAGACAAGACAUGGGACUCUUGAAACCUUUAUGCCGUUGGUAUACAACCUGGCAAGCGUGGAGAAGAUGAUAGAAUCAGGAGAGUAUGAGGAGGUUAUUAUGAAGUGUCGUAGACGUGUUUUUCCUUUUUCUAUGCUACCGAGUCAUGAUAUUGAUGUUAGAAAGUUUGUCUUAUGCACAACAAAUAGCGAUUUGGCGAGUUUUUUUAAUGAGGUCUUGGGAAGAAUGAAUGGUUUUGAGCUUCUAUUGGAGAAUGAAAAGAUCAGAAGAUUGCGAAGAGUAGUUAGCUGUGAUGCAGUUGUUGAAUUUUGGAGAGAGAUAAUGCAUGAUGGUCUGGGAUUAGGUAUGGGAAGAGGAAAUCUUGAUAGACAUCUUCAUCUUCGAGCACACUUUGAGGAGAUGAUCUGCAAUGAUGGAGCCAUUCUAAUGAGUUCCAUAGGACAUUUGAUUGGAGAGCCGUGUGAUUAUCCUUUUAAUUGUAGAGGAAGUGAGAUUGAAAGCAAAGGAGAUAUAUGUGGCAAAAAUGCAGGUGCUUUUUUGAAUGAACUUCUGUCUGCUCUGAAUCUGGAGUAUAAUUUUGAGUUUGUUAUUUUUUUGCUAGUCAAGAUGAAAAGAAUGGAUUUAGCAUUUAGAGUUGCAAAGCACAACAUUAAAAAAGGUGUAGAGUAUAUGUUGACGAUUACCACUGUAAAAAGUGUGGUUGAGUAUGCGAUGAAAACUUGUGAUGAAGAUUUAGUUGUUGAUGUGAUGAAGAUAUGUAAGAAGGAUGCAUCAGAUGUUAUUGAUGUGAUACGUGGAGACUCCAUAGAAGCGCAGUUAUUCAAAGUAAACGAAUACUUUGAAAGUAGAGCAGAUGCUUUUUAUCAUUUUAGCAGAUACGGAACUGAGCAUUUAGAAAAAGAAUACAUCAAGAAGCAUCAGUUGAUAGAUGAGGCAUCGAUGUACGAGGCGUGUGGAAUAAGUAAUAAGAGGUCUGGCUUUUAUUAUGAGAUUUGUGCAGAGAUGUGCAGUGCGAAGAAUGGAUUUACACUUUUUUUAAUGGCAAAUAAUUUGAAGAUGGGUCUUGAUACUGCCGUGAACAAUUUGUUUUGGAGAGAGGCAAUAUUGAUAUACAAGCAUAUGGUGAAUGUGAAUGAAUCUAGUAGUACAUCCGAUUUGAAUGAAAUUAAUGUCAGAUAUGGAUUGAAUGAAGAAGCGUUUUACGAAAUGCUUGUGAAGCGAUUGAUAGAUUCAGGUAUGCAUUUUGAGGCAGGUCAACUGAUUGAAGAAUUUAUAGGCGAUAAGCCAAGAGCAUUUGAGGAGUAUGUAAGAGGCAAAAGGAUGCAAGAUGCAUAUAGAGUAUGCACAAACACUGAAGAUAUCAAAAAGGAGGCGCGAAAAUGCCUUUUAGAAAGACUAUUAGAUCUUGAGGACAUAAAAGAGUCGUUUGCAAAGUAUAGUGGCAGAUUCAGGUGUAUUGAAGAGCGAAUGGAUGACGAGCUAUUGAGCGAUACAUCAUUUAGCUACACCGAAGAAGGAGGUGGAAGCAGAAGUAGAAAGCUUAAGAGUAGACCUGGCGGAAGAUAUGAAAAGGAAUUUGUGAUGAAUAAGAUCCGAGAGAUUGCACUUGAACUAAUGAAAUGGAGGGACAAUACUGAGGAUCUUAUUGUUAUAUUCAAAAGAUUUGAUAUGAAUGAUUGCAUAGAAGCCCAUGAUGGUUUGUUUAUUGAAUUAAGAAAGACCAUUGCAUCAGAAAUAGAAGUAAUAUUCGAAGACAAUAAAAAGCAGCUCUAUGAUAAAAACCGACCGAUUGUUGAAAAGCCCGACAUGAGCAAGUGGACAUAA